GGGUCCUGCGUGCGGUGGUCGAAGCAGCAAACUCGGGAGCAUCGGUUCUCUGCCUGUGUGAGAAGGGAGAUGCCAUGAUCAUGGAAGAGACUGGCAAGAUUUUCAAGAAAGAAAAGGAAAUGAAAAAAGGUAUUGCCUUCCCAACGAGUAUAUCAGUAAAUAACUGUGUCUGUCACUUCUCCCCUCUGAAGAGUGACCAAGACUACAUCCUCAAAGACGGAGACUUGGUCAAAAUUGACUUGGGAGUCCACGUCGACGGCUUCAUAGCGAAUGUAGCACACAGUUUUGUCAUAGAUGCCUCAAAGGAAAACCCCGUGUCAGGCCGUAAAGCUGAUGUCAUCAAGGCAGCUCAUCUCUGCGCCGAAGCAGCUCUGCGCUUGGUAAAGCCUGGAAACCAGAACACACAAGUGACAGAGGCGUGGAACAAAAUAGCUCACUCCUUUCACUGCACACCCAUUGAAGGGAUGCUAUCACACCAGCUGAAACAGCAUGUGAUCGAUGGAGAGAAAACAAUCAUCCAGAACCCUACAGACCAGCAAAAGAAGGACCAUGAAAAAGCAGAAUUUGAGGUCCAUGAAGUUUACGCUGUUGAUGUUCUCGUCAGUAGUGGGGAGGGAAAGGUGAGUCUG